AUGUCCAUGUUCAGGGCCAAAAAGUUUGAUCUUGGGUGCUUCACCAACAUCAAAAUCAUCCGGGAUCACUCCAAGCGCAAGGCUUUUGAGGCCGCGGAGCCCGAGAGACAAGCUCUCCGGUACAUCAUCCGGAACACCACCCUUCCUAUGAGGACACGCGCCAUGGCCCAGCUCCAGCUCACUCAGAUGCACUGCUACACCCGGCCAACACAAAUCAGGAACCGCUGCGUCUUGGGCGGUAAGGGGAGAGGUGUACUGAGAGCAUUCAAGAUGUCAAGAUACAACUUCCGUAUGGAAGCAUUGGCAGGUAAUUUGCCAGGUGUGAAAAAGGCUUCUUGGUAA